AUGGUGAAUGGACGGCUACAGCUGCGUGAUGUGAGGCGAGUUCGGCCCCGCCGUUGGCCCCAAUUGGGUUCCGGCGAGGUCCCGAUCAUCGAUUGCCUCUCAUCUCUCAUGUCGCUCGCUCGAUUUUCUCGCCCGUUUCUCCCUCACCGAGUUCCCUGCCCACUGCUAUUCGUUCUGGCCUGGUCUGCUGCAGCUGUGCGAAACAUCAAGGCAGGUAAGGUAGCCAACCGCUUGACCAUCCAUGGUGAAGAUUCACUCAAUGAGAGUCUCCGGCGCUUCUCCCGGCUCAAGUCGUCUGCAUGCUGCCACCCCAUGUCUCCUGCUCCCCAACAAGCAGAUUCCCCAAAACCUGGGCCCCCGUGGAAGUCCGCAUAUGCCCCAGGGGAAAAUUCCCCCCAAGUUUGGGACAUGGGAUAA